AUGCUGGUUCAACACCCACCCAUGAUUCACGCGGCAUCUGUUGUCAGUCAUCGGCACGGUCAGAGUACAAGUGAAGUAUUUCGAAAAAUUUACACAAAUCCGGAGCUGUAUAACGAUAACGGUGCUGAGGAGGGUGGCGGUGGAGGAGCAGGGGGCAGUGGAGGUGCUGGAGGAGCUGGAGGGAAUAAGACUGGUCGGGAGAGCUACGACUUCAAUAACGCUAUGCAAAUGCUGGGCCUAGACGAGGCUUCUGACACCAAAGAUGAUCCAUCCAGCGUGCAGGGUGCCUACCUCUCCUUCCUGAGUUUGCGUCACCUUAAGAUCCGAGACCUGCAACGAACGUGCAUUUCAAUUUUUAACUACUUCCGAUCUAUCGAAAGGAUGCUGACAAUCAACGACCAGGGUCUUUCAAUGAACGCAAAAGGUGGAGUCGAACGAGUGUAA